UGUGGAGGGCGAGGCCCCCAGCAGUGAGACCUGCACAUCAUUGGACAGUCCCUCGGCCUAUCACCAGGACCCCUUAGCACCUGGCUCCAGCCUGAGCCCAGACCAUUACGAGCACACGUCUGUGGGUGCCUAUGGGCUGUACUCAGGGCCACUGGGACAGCGCACACGGAGGCCCAAGCUGCAGCACUCGACCUCCAUCCUGCGCAAGCAGGCCGAGGAGGAGGCCAUCAAGCGCUCACGUUCCCUCUCUGAGAGCUAUGAGCUCUCCUCGGACCUGCAGGACAAGCAGGUGGAGAUGCUAGAACGGAAGUAUGGGGGACGCCUCGUGACCCGCCAUGCAGCCCGCACCAUCCAGACAGCCUUCCGCCAGUACCAGAUGAACAAGAACUUUGAGCGCCUGCGCAGCUCCAUGUCGGAGAACCGUAUGUCCCGCCGGAUUGUGCUGUCCAACAUGAGGAUGCAGUUCUCCUUUGAGGGGCCUGAGAAGAUGCACAGCUCCUACUUUGAAGGGAAGCAGGUCUCAGUGACCGAUGACGGCUCUCAGCUAGGGGCCCUGGUGCCAUCUGAGGGCAGUGACUUCGGUGAGCCACCAUCCCUCAAGUCUUCAGCCCCAUCCAGUGAUUUUGCAGAUGCCAUCACUGAGCUGGAGGAUGCCUUCUCCCGGCAAGUGAAAUCCCUGGCCGAAUCCAUCGACGAUGCCCUCAACUGCCGCAGCCUUCAUGCUGAGGAAACGCCAGUCCCUGACACAGGGCGAGCCCGGGACACUGAGCCCCAGGCAGCCCUGCACACUGUGGACCACCACAAACUGGAUGAGAUGACAGCCUCGUACAGUGACGUCACCCUGUAUAUUGAUGAGGAGGAAUUGUCACCGCCUCUGCCCCUCUCCCAGGCGGGCCACCGGUCAUCCAGUACUGAGUUAGACCUGCAACUGCGGGCUGGGAGUGCCGCCCAGGACUACUGGGCCCUGGCUCACAAGGAUGACAAGGGGGACACAGACACAAGCUGUCAGAGCACACCGUCGCUUGAGCAGCAGGAGCAGCGGCUGCGGGUGGAGCACCUCCCACUGCUCACCAUCGAGCCUCCCAGCGACAGCUCAGUGGACCUCAGCGACCGCUCGGAACGUGGCUCCCUCAAGAGGAAGAGUGCCUAUGAGCGCAGCCUCAGUGGGCAGCAGGGCAGCCCCAAGCCCGGCCCCCACGGUGGCCCCCCUAAGGGCCUGCCCCGGGAGGAGCCAGAGUUGCGAGCCCGGCCUUCCAGGCCCCUCGAUAGCCACCUGGCCAUCAAUGGCUCAGCCAACAGGCAGAGCAAGUCUGAGUCAGACUACUCAGAUGGGGACAACGACAGCGUCAACAGCACUUCCAAUUCCAAUGACACCAUCAACUGCAGCUCUGAGUCGUCAUCCCGCGACAGCCUGCGGGAGCAGACGCUCAGCAAGCAGACCUACCACAAGGAGACCCGCAACAGCUGGGAUUCACCUGCCUUCAGCAACGAUGUCAUCCGUAAGAGGCACUAUCGCAUCGGUCUCAACCUCUUCAACAAGAAGCCUGAGAAGGGCAUCCAGUACCUCAUUGAGCGUGGCUUUGUGCCAGACACACCAGUGGGAGUAGCCCACUUCCUGUUGCAACGCAAGGGCCUGAGCCGGCAGAUGAUUGGCGAGUUCCUGGGCAACAGGCAGAAGCAAUUCAACCGCGAUGUGCUGGACUGCGUGGUGGAUGAGAUGGACUUCUCUGCCAUGGAGCUGGACGAAGCCCUCAGAAAGUUCCAGGCGCAUAUCCGGGUCCAGGGGGAGGCGCAGAAGGUGGAGCGGCUCAUCGAGGCCUUCAGCCAGCGGUACUGCAUCUGCAACCCUGGGGUGGUGCGGCAGUUCCGGAACCCAGACACCAUCUUCAUCCUGGCCUUCGCCAUCAUCCUGCUCAACACAGACAUGUACAGCCCCAACGUCAAGCCUGAGCGCAAGAUGAAGCUGGAGGACUUCGUCAAGAACCUCCGAGGUGUAGACGAUGGUGAGGACAUUCCCCGAGAGACACUGAUUGGUAUCUAUGAACGGAUUCGCAAGCGGGAGCUGAAGACCAAUGAGGACCACGUGUCCCAGGUGCAGAAGGUGGAGAAGCUUAUCGUGGGGAAGAAGCCGAUUGGAUCCCUGCAUCAUGGGCUUGGCUGUGUUCUCUCUCUGCCUCACCGGCGGUUGGUCUGCUACUGCCGACUCUUCGAGGUUCCAGAUCCAAAUAAGCCCCAGAAACUCGGACUGCAUCAGCGAGAAAUCUUCCUGUUUAAUGACCUCUUGGUGGUCACCAAGAUCUUCCAGAAGAAGAAGAACUCGGUGACAUACAACUUCCGACAGUCUUUCUCCCUGUACGGCAUGCAGGUCCUGCUCUUCGAGAGCCAGUACUACCCCAAUGGCAUCCGGCUCACGUCUGCAGUCCCUGGAGCAGACAUAAAAGUGUUAAUAAACUUCAAUGCUCCCAAUCCUCAAGACCGGAAGAAAUUCAGCGAUGACCUGAGGGAGUCCAUCGCGGAGGUGCAGGAGAUGGAGAAGCACAGGAUAGAAUCGGAGCUUGAGAAACAGAAGGGUGUUGUGCGGCCCAGCAUGUCCCAGUGCUCCAGCCUCAAAAAGGAGUCUGGCACUGGGACACUGAACCGAGCCUGCCUGGACGACAGCUAUGCCAGCAGCGAGGGCCUCAAGCGCAGUGCCCUCAGCAGCUCCCUGAGGGACCUCUCAGAAGCUGUUUCAGCCUUUCGCGACACUGCAGCCACCAGUGCUGUGUUCCUAAGCCGUGGGACCCGAGGACUGCCCAUGGCACCUGCCCAGGUGGAGAGCCCUUUCAGAAAGGGCGAAGCUAACGCAGGACUGUGGGCUGCGGAGCUCCAUGCUCCGUGGAAGGAGUGGCGAGCUGUGGCCAGACGGCAGACGACAGAGGGAGCCCACCCUAGCCAGCCGGCUGGGCAUCUGUUCAUUUUCCUCCUUUGUCAUGUCAUUGAGGCCAUCAUACCAGCAAAUCUGCAAACUGAGCACUUUGUUAAUCUCCACAGAGAGCAAAUACAGCAAUCUAGAGUUACGCCUUUUAAAAAAGGAAGUGACUAACCUGCCCACCUUUACCUUCCCAUUGGUACAACUUUUCUGUCUUGGACAUCUGCUCAGAGAGGAAUAAAAAGCACAGACGUGCCUGAUCUGGUUCAGGCCCAGCUGGUGGGAGGCUCCCCAGUCCAUUGACUCCUGAAUUCUUUGGUUUUCUUUCAAAGCCAGGCUCCCCAAGGCAUUCUCUAGUAUGCAGUUUAAAGGAUGUUGUUCUGACAAGGAAAAGUCAAAUUGUACUGCGUGUCAUCGGUGUUGAUUGUGUGAAGCCACAUUUAUAUAUUGUAUAUUUGCAAAAUAUAUCAGUGUUACUGUUGACAAAUAGUUGAGGUAAAGUGAUAACAUAUUAAAUAUGCCGGCUUUUUUUUAUCCCUCUGUACCAACGGUAGAGUUCAACUGUAAAUUCUAGGUUGUUCCAGAAAAGAUACAGGCUAUUUAGUACAAGGUUGCUCUUUCUGAAGGGGCAAUAACUAGGGGAAACAAAACAGAAAGAACCAACAGUACAUUCAUUGAUGGGGCCAGUGGGAGGGGCUCUCUCUCCAUUGCAUCCUCCGUGCUCCAAGGCCCAUUCAGAAUUCACCUCCAAAACUAUUAUUGAUGUGCCCUGAAGUUUUGUCCAGUGCCACAGGGCCAGGUCUAGUGAAAUAGGGCUUCUUGAACAAACUCAGUUUCUCCCUGUGUUUCCAACUUUAUACAGGGUAUUGGGUUCAGAACUGUGAGGUUUGGUCAUUCUCCAUGUUUUAUUUGUAAACCUGUCCUGGGAGGUGUUUCCAGGAGCACAUUGUUCCAUUGAAGAGGCUGGAGGCAGCUGCCCAGAUCUUGUCUGGGCAGCAAAAGCUUCUGAUAAACAUGUGCUCCAUAUUGUUUUCACGGGGCUGUGCUCUCUGGAUCCCAGCCUGUCAGAGUCACAGCCGUGGGGACCUAUUGUUCACAGAGCCCUUGUCCCCUCAGGAGGCUGAGUGCCACCACAUUGCUUGUGCCAUCUUGUGUGUCAAUAUACUCGGGAAAUCUUCUCAAGUCACACAAAUUAUUUCAAUUACAUAAUUUCUGACAGGAGCAGGAGACCCUUAGAGGAAACAUCUGGUAGUAUCACAAAAAUCUUUUCUGGGACAACAAUUAAAUCAUAUAUUUGUACUUUUUUAAGUUUAUUAAUGAAUUGUACAACAUUGUAAAAAUAAAGUUCAUCCUAAUAUGACUUGCACAUCUUGUUAACAAUGUCUCCAGUCGCCGUGGAGCGAGACUUCCCACCCUGCGCUGCAUGCAGCAGAGGCCUCUUCUUCAUCUUUAAAAUGACCUAGAAAGACAGCAGCCACUUACACAUGACCCUAGGUGUUGACUCAGCAUUCCGUAUGAAGCUGUGUCUACAAAUUAAGCAUGCAUCUUACAGUUUUGUUGUAAAAAUAUCAUCACCCUUCCUGUCUGAAAUGAGUAAUUUUGUACAUAUUUUAAAUAACAAUAAUCAAAGAAACAUUGCACAGUGAAUCAAUGUGAAGUGGGGGUGGUGAAAAGGGACAAGCAGGAAGAGCCUGUGCCUCAUGUGCAUGUACGUUGGUGUUGCUGUUCUGUCUGCGGUCUUGCUGAGGCUGCAUGCAGUAUCUGUCUCCUCUUGAGAACUGUCAUUCACUUUCAAGUUAUUUUAAAUGACUAGAAUCAGGUCUUGAGUAAAGACUGUUCAAAGACUUCAAGGGAUGCCUUGCUUACAAGAAGCCUGACGCCCACUCUGUAACUUUGGGGAGGAAAAGAGUGCUUUGUUUUAAUGUGCAUUUGUUUGUGAGUAGUAACAGACUCUAUUGAUGUAAAACCAUAGCUGUGAUCAUGUGGAGAAAUCAAAUAAAUCCUUUAAAAUUCU